AUGUUGAACCUGUUGCUGGCAUUCUUGGGGAAAGUUUUCUUUGUUCCACUUGAGUUCGUGAAACAAAAAUUUCGCGGUCUGCAUAAAUAUCUUCCAUGGAGCCACUGGGCAGGUCGCAUGAUCAAAGGGCGAGAGGGCGGCUUCGCGUUAGGAGCAGCUGCCUACUUCAAUAACCAGCUCAGAGCAUCCUGUGGGUACUAUUUGUCCGACAAGCGCGGCUGGAUGAUCGUUUUCCCUCAAGAGUGGUCGCCGAGUCUUGUGAAUACUUCGCGCGUCAUACAACCAUCAACCAACUUGUAUAAACAACACGAUCAUUCCAUUUUCAACUGUUUAUACGCAGCACACAGAGUGAGAACCCCAGCAACCAGCAGCCAUCACCGGACACAUCAGAUGAGACACUUUUCCACAGGGCUGAACGAUCCAAUGGGUUCCAGAAUUCCGCCCUUGGUUCUGUUCAACAGACAUCAUCAGAAACCCCCUCAGGGGGUGAAAGCCUAUUAA